GGCCGAUGGCGGAGCCUCCGCGGGGCGCGGAGCCCCUGUGGCAGACGCCUCCGGGCCGCUUGGCCCCGCCGCACGUCUACCGCAUGGCGAGCGCGUUGGGCGCCGAGCUGCGCCGCCUCUCGGGCCGCUUCGGGCCCGAUGCCGUGGCCGGGUUGGUGCCGCCAGUUGUGCGGCUGCUGGAGUUGCUGGAGGCGCUGGUGGCCCCGGUGGCACCGGUGACACCGGCGGGUUCCGAGGGUGAGGCACCGCCGGCCGGGCGGCAGGACGUGGAGGACCUGGAGCAGAGGCUGUGGGAGGCCGAGCGCCGGGAGCGGGCCCUGCACGGCCGCCUGGCCCACCUGGAGGAGCAGAACCAGCAGCUCCUGGGGCAGCUUGCCGAGAGCCAGUCCCAGGAAGACAGCACGGCGCGGAAGGAACGAGAGGUGAUGCUGCGGCUGAAGGAGGUGGUGGACAAGCAGCGGGACGAGAUUCGUGCCCAAGCCCACGAGAUCGUCUGCAAGAGCCGAGACACGGAGGCGCUGCAGGAGCAACUGCACCGCUUCAUGUCCAUGAACGAGGACCUGCGUCACAAGGUGGCCGUGGUGCAGGCGCAGCUCAAGAGCGCGCUGGAGAAGAAGUCGGACCUGGAGGCCGUCGUGGUGCAAACCCAGAGGGAGAUGAACAGGAGGAGCAGGGCUGCCUCCGAAGCACCGCAGCCGAAGCCCAGCCCGGAAGGAGCGCCGCUGCCUGGCGAGGAGCCCCAGCCCCGGGACGCGGGCAGGAGCCCCGCUCACUGCUGCUUCUCCAGGGAAGAGCUGCAGCAGAUCCUGCAGGAGCGGAACGAGCUCAAGACCAACCUGUUCCUGGUGCAGGAGGAGCUGGCCUAUUACCAGCGGGAGCUGCUGAACGAAGACAGAGUUCCCAGCUUCUUCCUGGAUGCAAUGAAGUCGACAAUCAAAAGACAGAAAAGAAAAAUCCGAGCCAAAAUGCUGGGGACGGCGGAGGAGUCGGCGAGCAGCGAGGAAGACGAGGGCUCCUGGCUCCCGGCUCGCAGCGCAGACUGUGUGGAUGGUCAGCCUCCCGAAUCCAAAAUCAGGAGCUUCUUCGGGCUCUGGUAUCAGGGCAGCAGCAAAGACCCCCCCGCGCCCAGCUGCUCCGGAACCUGGGAAAUCAUCGACUCGCCCAACACGCAGCUGGAGACGGUGGGAGAGGGCGAGCGGGCGGCCGGCCCGCACAGAGCAUCGCCGCCCCUCUGACCCCGCUGGAGCCGGCACCGCCAGGAGCUGCGUGGGCACGGAGCAGUGGGGGCAGCCGGGGGGCUCGGCCGGCACGGGGCAGCUCAGCACCCGUGGGUGCUGCUCCGUGCUUCUCCCUCCUUGUAGCUCCGUGGG